GCUACCAUAAUUGAGUGUCCUAGCUUUUUUCUUUUUAAUAUCAAAAUCUUUCUUUUUUCUGUACAUUCAUUAACGACAUCUUUCCUAUCAACCAUGCGCGCAAGACAGCUGACAUCUUUACUGGAUUCGCCUCCAUCUUCUUGUUGCGUUCUCUUUUUAUUUUUUUACUAUAUCAUGGCCGGCAUCAUUGCAGCCCAACUCAUCAAAGCAGCAGAGGAACCUGUACGAGUUGGUGAUGAAUUUGCCAAGAAUGAGUGUUUCUUUCGGCUGUGUCCCAAUCCCCGGCCUCGUUACGAGCUCAGCAAGAAAGCAGCGCAGGUUACGGGGGAUAUUGCAGAACAUGUGCGGGAAGCUCAUAGAUUCAACAUUCCAUUUUCCCACGCUCCUCCUCCACAACAGGACGUGGCUGGAGUUGUCGAAGGUUUUGAGGAGUUUCCCUCUAGAAUGGCUGUUUUGGAUCAGAUCAUGAAGGCAGCAAGAAAUCCAACCGUCAACACGAUCGGAGUGCAUGGGACUUCUGGCGUGGGGAAGACGAUGCUUGUAAAAAUGGUUAAAGGAAAAGCCAAGCAAGACAGCUUGUUUACUGCGGUAGUUAUGACUAAAGUGACAAAGAACCCGGACUUGAAAAGUAUUCAAAGUGACAUCGCACGCGACUUGGGUAUGGAUCUGCUUCCUACCGAACUUCCACCACAACAAGUUGCAGAUCGAAUAAAGGCAAAGCUCAUAGAAAAGAAGAAAUUUCUUGUAAUUUUGGAUGAUGUUUGGGAGGCUGGAAUAGAUCUGGAGAAAGUUGGAAUACCUUCUGCAAGUGAGCUGAAGCAGGCUAUGGAGAAAAGGAAUGAAGAACACUCAUCUGGACAAGAAGAUAUGCUCCGCAAGAUUCUACUAACCUCAAGAGAUCCGAAUGUUCUCUCUGGUAUGAUGGAUGAGAAAGAUCAGGUCUUUAAGGUACUUGAAUUAGAAGAUGAUGAAGCAUGGCAUCUAUUCAAGAAGAUUGCUGGCAGCAAAGUUGAAAGCUCUGAUUUUCAACCCAUAGCUAAAGAGAUCGUUAAGAAAUGUCUCGGGUUGCCCGUUGCCAUCGUAACUGUUGGAAAGGCCAUGAGAGGGAAGACUCAACAAUUUGAGUGGGAAGAUGCUCUUAUGGAAUUGAAAACGCCUACUCCAGAAGGGAUAUCUGCAGCUGUUUAUAAGCCUAUAGAGUUGUCCUACAAGUACUUACAAGAAGAUGAACUCAAGCAAACGUUCAUGCUUUGUAGCUUGCUGGGCCAUGACUCUUCCAUCAAUGACUUGUUAAAAUAUGGUAUGGGCUUGACUUUAUUUCGAAAGGCGAAAACAGUGGAGGAGACACGAACCAAAGUACUGACAUUGGUUCACCGUCUCAAACUCUCUUCUUUGUUGGUUGAUGGUCACAGUAAUAUGCAUUUUGGUAUGCACGAUCAGAUUCGGGAGGUUGCCCUGUCAAUUGCUUCUAGGGACCACAAUGUAUUGGCUUUAGUAGGUGAAGAUGGAGGAAAAGACUGGCCAGAAAAGGAGACAAUGGAAAAUUUGAAGUGGAUUUAUUUGUCAAAUGGCUAUCCUGAGCUCACGAGCAAUGGGUUGAACUGUCCGCAGCUCACUUUCUUUCAUUUGUCUAACAAGGGUUGUUCUCUGGCAGUUCCAACUGAUUUGUUCACUGGAACAGAUGUGCUCAAAGUCUUAUGUUUGACUAGAAUUGAUUUCCAGUCAAUGCCCUCAGAAAUUCCCCUGAUCCCAACAAUGCUUCGAACAUUACUUUUGGAUCAAUGUGUGUUUAGAGUCGAAGCCCUAGGCGCCAGUGUGGGAAAUCUGGAGAAUUUAGAAGUCCUUAGCCUUGCAGGUUGUGAUAUUGAAGAGUUGCCAAGAGAAAUGGAGAAGCUAACCAAGCUGAAGUUGUUAGAUUUGAGUGACUGCACCAAACUGAAAGUAAUUCCACGACAAGUCCUAGCAAGACUGUCUAAAUUGGAAGAGCUAAAAAUGGGAAACAGCUUUGACCAAUGGGAUGAUGUGGAGGGAAGAAAUGCUGGGCUUGCUGAGUUAACAGAGUUGCAUAUGCUCACUGCUUUAGAGGUACGUAUUCCUAAUUUCCGAGAAAUUUUGUUUCCUGAAAAUUUGGAAAGGUUCAAGAUUUUCAUAGGAAUAGCGAGCAGGAGGAAGUCUUGGGAGGAUUACUAUUGGGACAGUUACUCCUGGAACAGCUCUUUUGAAAGCUCAAAAAUAAUGAAGCUAAAGCUGCAGGGUGCAAGCAUUGAAUCUAAUGACUCUGUUAAAAAGUUGCUGAAGAAAACAGAAGAACUAAUUCAUUUGUAAUUAUACACUUUAUAUAAUAUAUAUAUUUUAUUUUU